GUGUGUGUGUGUGUGUGUGUGUGUGGUCAGGGAGCUUUGAGAAGUGGAAAUUUACAGUCUCCCAUGUUGGUACCUGAGUUGUCCGUCACAGGGAGUGCGCGUCCAAUCUCUCCUUUGGAUUUAAUUGUCUUUAGCCAAGGGGCGGGGCCCACUGUCAGCUCCACUUUUUGUGACCCAGCGCGGCAUAAAGGCGUUCAGAACAGUGGAAUGGUGAUAGCGGCUCGAGAGGAACGACAUACACAGCCACAGCCAUGAAGGAAAUCAUGGCACAGAAAGAAAAGCUGCAAUGCCUAAAGGACUUCCACAAGGACACCUUAAAACCCUCGCCUGGGAAAAGCCCAGGUACGCGGCCUGAAGACGAAGCCGAGGGCAAAGCUCCGCAGAGGGAGAAGUGGGCCAGUAAGCUCGACUUUGUCCUGUCUGUGGCCGGAGGAUUUGUCGGAUUAGGAAAUGUUUGGCGUUUUCCUUAUCUUUGCUAUAAGAAUGGUGGAGGUGCGUUUCUCAUCCCUUACUUCAUCUUCCUGUUUGGAGGGGGCCUCCCAGUGUUCUUCUUGGAGGUGGCACUGGGUCAGUACACAUCAGAGGGAGGAAUCACCUGCUGGGCCAAGCUCUGCCCCAUCUUCACUGGUAUUGGCUAUGCUUCCAUCGUGAUCGUUUCCCUGCUGAACAUCUACUACAUCGUGAUUUUGGCAUGGGGGCUUUACUACCUGUUCCAGUGCUUCCAGCCAGAGCUCCCCUGGGCAAAAUGCAAGCAGCCAUGGAACACUGAAAACUGUGUGGAGGACACAGUCCGCAAGAACAAAACCCUCUGGCUGGCGGCCAACAUAACCAACUUUACCUCCCCUGUCACCGAGUUCUGGGAGCGGAACGUUCUGAGCAUCUCCACGGGGAUCGAGGAUGUCGGCCCCUUGAAGUGGGACCUGGCGCUCUGUCUGCUUGCCGUGUGGAUCAUCUGCUUCUUCUGCAUCUGGAAAGGAGUCAAGUCUACAGGGAAAGUUGUGUAUAUCACAGCAACGUUCCCAUUUGUGAUGCUGAUCGUGCUGCUGGUGCGCGGCGUGACCCUGCCAGGUGCCAGCGAGGGGAUCAAAUUUUACCUGUACCCCAACCUCACCCGCCUGCAGGACCCAGAGGUGUGGAUCGAUGCCGGAACCCAGAUUUUCUUCUCCUAUGCAAUUUGCCUGGGAGCCAUGACGUCUUUGGGAAGCUACAACAAAUACAAGUACAACUGCUACAGGGACUGUUUGCUGCUGGGAGGCCUCAACAGCGGUACCAGCUUUGUAUCUGGCUUCGCAAUAUUUUCCGUCCUGGGCUUCAUGGCACAAGAACAAGGGGUGGACAUUGCCGAUGUGGCAGAGUCAGGUCCUGGCUUGGCUUUCAUCGCCUACCCAAAAGCUGUGUCCAUGAUGCCGCUGCCAACCCUCUGGGCGAUCCUCUUCUUUAUCAUGCUGCUGCUUCUGGGUCUCGACAGCCAGUUCGUUGAAGUGGAAGGCCAGAUCACCUCCAUCGUGGAUCUGUACCCAGACCUUCUCAGGAAAGGUUACCGGCGAGAGAUCUUUAUAGCUGUGAUGUGUUUCAUAAGCUAUCUCUUGGGACUAGCCAUGGUAACCAAAGGUGGCAUGUACGUGUUUCAACUCUUUGACUACUAUGCAGCCAGUGGUGUGUGCCUUUUGUGGGUGGCAUUCUUCGAGUGCAUCGCUGUAGCCUGGGUUUAUGGAGUUGACAACUUCUAUGAUGCAGUGGAGGACAUGAUUGGCUACAGACCAAACCCAUGGAUGAAGUGGAGCUGGACCAUAAUCACUCCCGUCCUCUGCCUGGGCUGCUUUGUCUUCUCGCUGGUGAAGUAUAAGCCCUUGACCUACAACAAGGUGUAUGAGUACCCGGACUGGGCCAUCGGCGUAGGCUGGUGUUUGGCGCUGGCUUCCAUGAUAUGUAUCCCAAUGGUGAUGGUCAUCAAGAUCUUGCAGUCGGAGGGACCCCUGAUUGAGAGGAUCAAGGCGGUGGCGGCCCCGGCGAAGUCUGGUGUCAGCUCCCGGCCCAAGGAGUACAACUUAAAGGGCAGCGAGCUGAUGCAGCCGCUGGACCCCAACGGGAACAAUGGCUUGAACAAGCCACCCCACACCAUUGUAGAAACAAUGAUGUGAGCGCUCUCUGUGAGAGGAAUAUGAUUUGACGUGCUUUCCGUAUUAUUCAUAUGCUAACUUUAAUGACAGUAGGUUUACAAUGUCUGUUUUUUUCAUGGUAGACAAAAUAAUGGGAUUACGAUAAAAAAAAAAAAGAUAUAUUGUUGUCGUAAGUUUUGGCUCUGGUAAAUUGUAUUGUAUAUUUGCGAUCCUGUUGUUGGUGUUACAAUUGUUCCGGCUGUAGUUGACACUGAGCUCAGAUUAGGCUUCUUUAAUGUUUACUAACUUUCUGUUGAUCGCAGAGAGACCAGGAAGUUGCUCAUUUUGAGAAACGUCAUGUGUAAAGCUAAUCAAUAUCGACACAGGAGUUUUUAAACUUAUAACUUGUGAAGAUGAUGCACUAGAUUUGAAUUCAGUGUAAGAAGAGAAUGUUUUAGUACUGCAGGUAACUUAACUUUAACUGUACUCACACAAUAUUCUGAGAGCACUUAAAACGCCUUGAAAUACUUCCCUGUCUUGCCUGGCAUGUUAGCAUUGGUGCUAAGAGAGAAAGAAGUCGGGCCUUUGGUUUGUAGAGUAAAAGGCAUUAUGAUGGACAGCCCUCGUAACUAGUGAACAAAAAAAGAAGUUGACUACGUUAUGUAAAGUCACGUGCACACAGUACUUGUGUUUUUAUGAAUGUACUCAUGCUGGCAGCGGAAGCUGGCUGGCCACAUCACUGAACCAACUUGUUGAGCUCUUGGCUAAAAGAUAUGCAAAACUAAAUCAAAAACAAAAGGGGAAAAAAAGGAAAAUGACUAUGUUAAGAAAAAAAGGGACGUGUUAUCAUUAGAGUAUUUCUACAUUGCCUGAGUGACUACUAAAGUCAGUUGCAGUGCAUUUAAAAAAACUCUCUUUGCACUUUAUAUGUCAUAACACCUCGGUUACGUAGUUAUUGUCUCAUGCAACUGCAGUAAAACUUUAGAGAUAUUUUUACUAAACCAUAUCUGUCGUAGACAUAAAACAUUUCAGUCUGGUGUCCUUUCACCUCUUAGUUCAGGUUCAUGGACCGCCUUCAACUGCGACAGCAUCGCGCAAAGUGACAUAGGAAUCAAACAAUUCAAUAACAGACUAGUCUCUCAAAUCUGCUUAGCUGUAGUAUCAUAGAAAUUGAAUUGUUUUUACAUCACAUUUGCCUUUUGUAACAAUUUUAUACUUCAUCAUUCAACCACUAUCACUUAUAUUACUACUGAUAGCUAAGGACAGUUGUUUUGUAAAUAUUGAUCCUUGUGAUUUGGGAAUGUAUCAUGUGCACAAGCAAAUGUAAGCAUAUCAUAAUUGACAACUGGAUUUGAGAUGGAGCAAAACAUACUUUAAUUAAUUAAAAAUGCUAACAAAUUGUCCACAACACGAGCCACUACAGAACACCGUUGAUGUGUAACAGUCUUGUGCUACUCUCAAAUUUGAAGUGUACCAAAGUAUUUUUGUAACACUAUUGUCCCCUUUUAGAUGCACAUUGCAUCAUGUAGAUGGAAAAUAAAACAUAUUUUUCUUUUA